CUUUUGAAAAAGUAGAAAGCAUCUUUGGCUACCUUCUUUAAUUUCUUCUCUCGUCUCGUCUCUUCACUUUUUCAUUCAUCGUCUCCUUCUCUCUUCUCUUCUCUCAAUUAAAACACUCUUCUUGUCCCAUUUUUAAUUAUUAAGUAGGUGUCUGUGUGCAUUCAGGCAUUCUUCAAUCUCUCAUCCUCUCUGCAAAUUUUGCUCCCAUUUUUUAAUGAUCUACAUGUUAAGGCUUACAAGAGAAAACCAUCUCUGGAAAAAUGCAUGAUCUUGCCUCUCUCAAAAUCCACUAAGAGAAAGGGAAAGUAAAUUCCCCAGUUGGGUUCGAUGACGAGAGUAGGUCGUGAUUUUGGAGACACAAUGCAGAAAGAGGCGGUUCCAUCAGUUUCGGCUGAUGUGAGCUUUGCUUCAAAUAGGUUUCCCAACUAUAAGAUAGGAGCUGACAAUAGUAUAUUGGAUCCCAAGGAAGAGCCCGAGGUGCCAUCCAUGAAGGAUCUUCUUGCAAGGGAGACUGCGCAGCUUAUUGAGCAGCAAAAGCGGCUAUCCGUUCGUGACCUUGCUAGUAAAUUCGAGAAGGGGUUGGCUGCAGCUGCAAAGUUGUCUGACGAGGCUAAAAUUCGAGAGAUAAUUUCACUGGAGAAACACGUACUUUUAAAGAAGCUUAGAGAUGCACUUGAAUCUCUGAGAGGCCGUGUGGCAGGUCGAAACAAGGAUAAUGUUGAUGAAGCUAUCUCUAUGGUAGAAGCUUUAGCUGUUCAAUUGACUCAAGGAGAAGGAGAGCUACUCCAGGAGAAGGCAGAAGUGAAGAAGCUAGCAAGUUUUCUUAAGCAGGCUUCAGAAGAUGCUAAGAAACUUGUCGGUGAGGAAAGGGCUUUUGCUCGUGCUGAAAUUGACAGUGCUAGAGCAGCAGUGCAGAGGGUUGAAGAGGCUCUCGAACAAGAAAGAAUUUCCAAAUCAUUUGAGAGUCAGGAUACAGAAGGAUUGAAGAAGGAGGUACAAGAAGCUAGAAGAAUUAAAAUGCUGCACCAACCAAGUAAGGUAAUGGACAUGGAGCAUGAACUUCGAGCUCUGAGGAUUCAACUUGCUGAGAAGUCUAAAUAUUCUAUUCAACUACGGAAGGAGCUGGCAAUAAGCAAGAGGCUCCAAGAAAACAAAUCACGGCUUUAUGAUAUUGAUGGUACUGAAACCUUAGGUUCAUGUCUUAAGAUCACUCCUUGCUCAGAUAAUUCACCAGAUUUUUCGAGAAGUUCAGUUCAGUGGUAUCGCGUCUCUCCGGAAGCUGGUAGAAAGGAAGCUAUUUCAGGAGCGACAAAAUUAGUAUAUGCUCUGGAGCCGUUUGAUGUUGGAAUGACCUUGCUAGCAGAAAUUGUUUCAGAUCAGCAAAAUAUCACUCUGACAACUACUGGUCCAAUCGAUCCAGCUCCUGGAUUGGGAAACUAUGUGGAGGGUCUAGUAAGAAAAUCUGACACAGAGUUCACUGUAGUUGUUACUCAGAUGAAUGGUCGCGAACACCCAUCUCAUAGUAUUCAUAAGUUACAUGUGGGUAAAAUGAGGAUAAAACUAUGUAAAGGGAGAUUCACAAAGGCCAAAGAAUCUUAUUCCUCUUCAAUGCAGCUUUGUGGAGUCAGAGGGGGUGGGAAUGCUGCGGCACAGGCCCUGUUUUGGCAAGUAAAGAAAGGGCUAUCCUACGUGUUAGCAUUCGAAUCAGAACGAGAAAGAAAUGCAGCUAUUAUGCUUGCCCGUAGAUUCGCAUUUAACUGCAAUAUCAUGCUUGGUGGACCCGGAGACCGAGCUCCUCAAGGAGGAACCUGAUGGAGUAGAUUCUUAGUUGGUCCCUCUUAAAUUGUAAGUAUUUAUGAUGAGGUUUUCUUUUUAAGAUGUGUGUUUAUAUGAUUGUAACAGAGUAUAGAGAGAAAAUGAGGGCAAUGAAUAUGGAAUUGUACUACAUACAUUGGAGAUUUAGGUUUUCACCCUUCUGGUUGCAUCCCAGAAUCAAGGCAUGUGAUUUUUGAUUUGCCUUUUCCCUUUCUGAUUUCUUUGGUUGUAGCAUUAUCAUUUGUGUGUUAAGAUUACCGGGCGUAGUUUGUGUUCUAACUGUUUUUUGUACUCCUGAUUUAAUUGUAAUAUCCAUAUAUUAGUUUUCUUGACUA